AUGUUCCACCAAAUUUCGGUGAACAGGAACGACCAACAAUGUCAGAGGUUCCUGUGGCGUGAUGGUGAGCAGGAUCGUAGUCCAGACGUCUACGCAAUGAAAGUGAUGACAUUCGGGGCUAGCUGUUCACCGAGCUGCGCGCAGUAUGUGAAAAAUCAUAAUGCGCAACGAUUCCAGAAACAGUUUCCGAGGGCGGCUGAGGCGAUUGUCAAAGAACAUUAUGUCGACGACAUGCUGUCCAGUGAGGAGUUGGAAGAAGAUGCGGUGCAACUUGCGAAGAAUGUUCGCUACGUUCAUGCAGAGGCCGGGUUUGAAAUACGCAACUGGCUAUCAAACUCACAAAGAGUGCUGCGAGAGCUAGAAGCCAGGCCGGGUGAGAAAAGCUUAAACCUAUCGAAUGAGAUGGGAACAGAGAAAGUUCUCGGCAUGUGGUGGUGCACUGCAACGGAUACGUUUACAUUCAAAGUAUCGCCGCGAAUCAGCUCCGACUUACUCCAAGCUCGUAUAAUACCAACCAAGAGGCAGGUCUUGAGUACUCUGAUGAUGAUCUACGACCCCCUGGGAUUAUUGGCACACUUCCUAAUGUUCCUCAAAAUACUACUUCAGGAAAUCUGGCGAAAUGGCGUUAAUUGGGAUGAUCAGAUUAAGUCCGAGCAGUACGAGAAGUGGAAAACCUGGUUGCGAGUCCUCCCGCAGGUGGAAAAUGUCAAGGUACCGAGGUGCUAUCGAAUCAAGACCGGCGUAGGAGAGCAGAAUGUGAUGCAACUUCAUGUGUUCGUAGAUGCGUCGGAGAAUGGGUAUGCUGCUGUUGCGUAUCUGCGGUUUGAGGAGAAUGGUGAAGUGGAGUGUGCGCUUAUCGGAGCGAAGACACGGGUAGCCCCAUUGCGGUUCGUGUCAAUUCCAAGAUUGGAACUUCAAGCGGCGAUAAUUGGAGCGCGUUUGGCGAACGAUGUCAUGGAGACACACAAGCUUAAACCCACGCAAAGAUUCUUCUGGUCGGACUCACGUGAUGUUCUCUGCUGGAUUAACUCCGAUCACCGAAAAUACAGCCAGUUCGUAGCAGUGCGAGUCAGUGAAUUAUUGGAGAUGACUGAACCGAACGAGUGGAACUGGAUUCCAUCAAAACUAAACGUAGCGGAUGACGCCACAAAGUGGCAGAAACUCCCAGAUUUGUCACCUGAAAGUCGAUGGUUCCGCGGCCUGGAAUUUUUGUGGAUGUCGAGAAUUCAGUGGCCUGUCACAAUGUCGCCAAUCGGACAAACUGCAGAAGAAAAGCGUCUACAUGUGCUCCAUCACUCUAUACGAUGUUCUCUGUUUCGGUGGGAAGAUUUCUCGAAGUGGAAUAAGUUGAUGCGUGUCGUAGCGUUUGUUAAAAGAUAUCCAGCGAAUCUCAUCAGGAAACUGGCAGGAAAGCCCAUUGCCACCGGUCCACUGACUCAAUUGGAGCUUAAGGAGGCAGAGCUGUUUAUUCUGAAGCAAGUGCAAGAUGCUGAGUUUGCUGCAGACAUAGAGCGACUGAAGAAACCGAACCCUGUGCCGUGGAAAAGGGUGAUACCAAAGAGUAGCACUCUAUACGGUCUUAGUCCCACGCUGGAUGAAGAUGGACUGCUGCGAAUGAAAGGUCGUAUAGACGCUUGCGAAUUUGCAGAGGAGUGUACCAAGCGCCCGAUACUGCUGCCGAAACGUCACCCAAUAACAGAUCUCAUCAUCAUGAGCAUCCAUCAGAAAUAUUGCCACAUGAAUCACCAGACCGUGCUCAACGAAAUUCGCCGUAGAUUCUACGUACCUCAGCUCCGUUCUGUAUACCGCCAUGUGCGAGGUCGCUGUCAACUCUGCAAGAACCGACAGGCAAUGCCGGUUACACCAGAAAUGUCCGCUCUUCCGCCUACGCGAUUGAAAGCCUUCAGUCGCCCAUUCUCCUACGUUGGUAUCGAUUACUUUGGGCCAAUGUCGGUGGUUGUCGGCCGGAGGAUUGAGAAACGCUGGGGUGUGUUGAUCACUUGCCUCACCGUGCGAGCAAUACAUAUAGAGGUAGCCCACAGCCUCACAACAGACUCGUGUAUUCUCGCCAUCAGAAACUUCGUCGCAAGAAGAGGUGCACCGAUAGAAAUCGUCAGUGAUCGCGGAACCAAUUUUAUCGGCGCCAGUCGCGAACUGAAGGAAGCGUUGCUGCAAGUGAAUCAGGAACAGAUUAUGAAACACUUCAUCACCACCGAGACCAAAUGGUCGUUUAAUCCACCCGCAUCCCCGCAUUUUGGCGGAGCUUGGGAACGCUUGGUUCAGACUAUAAAGAAGGCCCUUAAACACACACAACUCACACGCACACCUACCGACGAGCUGCUGAGAAACAUGCUAACCGAGGUCGAACUAAUCAUCAACUCUCGACCGCUCACAGAAUUGCCGCAAGAGGACGAUCUGUCCACUGCGUUAACCCCGAAUCACUUUCUGCUCGGAUCAUCCGAAGGUUCUAAGCCCCCGAUCGCGUUCGAUGAUAGCAGCUAUGCACUGAGACACACCUGGAAGAUGUCGCAAGUUUACGCUAAUAGAUUCUGGCGACGCUGGGUUUCUGACUACCUGCCAUCCCUGACCCGAAGGACAAAAUGGUUUAAGCAGGUUAAGCCUCUAGCUGAUGGAGAUAUCGUAGUUAUUGUGGACGAAACGUUGCCGAGAAAUUGCUGGCCAAAAGGUCGGGUGGUUCGUGCAAUCCAGUCAAAGGAUGGACAAGUUCGUCGCGCUCUUGUGCAGACUGCCACAGGAGUCCUGGAGAGACCAGCAGUGAAGCUUGCAGUAUUGGACGUUGGUGCGACUGUAAGUACAUCGGACCAGUGA